CGACCUUUCGCCACAACCUGUGCCGUUCGAGAUGGGGGGUGCCGAAAGCAAGCCGCAUCUGCACGUGCCAUUCCAGCGCCUCUCUGAGUGGUCGUUCGGCCGUGUGGAGAAGCUCCUGACAGACUACGUGGCAAAGGACUUGGACUUUGGGCUGGAUUCGCAUGCGCUGAGCUUGCUCCUGGACGGGGACAAGGAGUGGAGCGAGGAGAUUGUCAAGGCAUUUGGAAGCCCCAACGGAUUAAUCAACGCGCUCACGUUUAUCACUGGCGCGGCGUUGGCCGUCAUGGGCGAUGUAAAUGAAAAAGCAGCAUUGUGCUUUCGAGCGUUCGACUUUAGCGGCACCAACACCGUCUCGCUGGACGAGACGACGAUCCUGUUUAUGUGUGCACUGCGAGGGUUUGCCCUCAUCACGGGUCACGGCACCAUUCCAAAGGACGACAAAGUUGAGGCCCUCGCGUUGGACGUGUAUCGAGCGUACGAUAAAGACAGCUAUUCCAAACUGACCAAGGACGAAUUCAUCAAGUGGAUCACGUCCAAGCUGAGUGCGGUCGCGCAGCCCUCCACAGGUCUCUCGGCCGACCGCUUCUUCGACGCGCUUGGACUUGGCAGCGACACAGUCGCCGCGGACUCGUCUACGGGCAACCAAGGCACCGACGCAUCUGCGGUCGCGGCAUCGUCAUAAACUUGCUUGCCAUCCAAACGGCAGUAGAAAAAGCCAUGCUCUGUUCAACGUUCCGAUUCGAUUGAAAUGCCUUUUCUGUGCGGCA